UGGGCGGGGGCUUCAAGGCAGGGAGCCCGGCCUCCCUGGGCAGGAGCUGUCACCACAGCCCCCCACUGCAGGCGGGCGGGAGGAGGCUGCUUUAAAAGGCAGAUGGGCCUCUGGCUGCCCCACUCAGCUCUGCAACCGGCCCCUGCCACCUGUGGGCCAAAGGAGCAUCCAGGCGUCCGGCAGGCCGUGGGGCGGGCGCCAUGUGAGCCCAGCUUGGCUCCCCCCUGCUGCCCUUCUUCCUUCCCUCCUCCUGCCCCCUGGGCCUGCACAGCCUCUCCAAAGACGGACGCUUGGCACCAUGUCUCUGCUCAACCAUGUCCUGCUGCCCCCCACUGUGAAGGCUUAUCUGAGCCAAGGGGAACGUUUCAUCAAAUGGGAUGACGAAACUACAGUAGCCUCCCCAGUUAUCCUCCGUGUGGAUCCCAAGGGCUAUUACUUAUACUGGACACAUCAGAGUAAGGAGAUGGAGUUUCUGGAUAUCACCAGCAUCCGGGACACCCGCUUUGGGAAGUUUGCCAAGAUGCCCAAGAGCCAGAAGCUCCGGGAUGUCUUCAACAUGGACUUUCCUGACAACAAUUUCCUGCUGAAGACACUCACUGUGGUGUCUGGCCCUGACAUGGUGGACCUCACCUUCCACAACUUUGUCUCCUACAAAGAGAAUGUGGGCAAGGACUGGGCUGAGGACAUAUUGGCUCUGGUGAAGCACCCGCUCACGGCCAAUGCCUCCCGCAGCACCUUCCUGGACAAGAUCCUGGUGAAGCUCAAGAUGCAGCUCAGCACUGAAGGGAAGAUCCCUGUGAAGAAUUUUUUCCAGAUGUUUCCUGCUGAUCGCAAGCGAGUAGAAACUGCCCUUAGUGCCUGCCACCUCCCCAAAGGCAAGAAUGACGCCAUCAAUCCUGAGGACUUCCCAGAAUCCGUCUAUAAGAGUUUCCUCAUGAGCCUCUGUCCUCGGCCAGAAAUAGACGAGAUCUUCACUUCCUACCACGCCAAGGCCAAACCCUACAUGACCAAGGAGCACCUGACCCAAUUCAUCAAUCAGAAGCAGAGGGACUCCCGCCUCAACUCCCUGCUGUUCCCGCCAGCGCGGCCUGACCAGGUGCGGGGCCUCAUCGACAAGUAUGAACCCAGUGGCAUCAACGUGCAGAGGGGUCAGCUGUCACCCGAGGGCAUGGUAUGGUUUCUCUGUGGGCCAGAGAACAGCGUGGUGGCCCAGGACAAGCUGAUGCUCCACCACGACAUGAUGCAGCCGCUCAAUCAUUAUUUUAUCAACUCCUCACACAACACCUACCUGACAGCUGGCCAGUUCUCAGGCCUCUCCUCUGCCGAGAUGUACCGCCAGGUGCUGCUGGCUGGCUGCCGCUGCGUGGAGCUGGACUGCUGGAAGGGGAAGCCGCCCGACGAGGAGCCCAUUAUCACCCACGGCUUCACCAUGACCACAGACAUCUACUUCAAGGAAGCAAUUGAAGCUAUUGCGGAAAGUGCCUUUAAGACUUCCCCUUAUCCUGUCAUCCUGUCCUUUGAAAACCAUGUGGACUCACCCCGCCAACAGGCCAAGAUGGCCGAGUACUGCCGGACCAUGUUUGGGGAAAUGCUACUCACAGAGCCCCUGGAAAAGUUCCCGCUGAAGCCAGGUGUCCCCCUGCCCAGCCCUGAGGACCUCCGAGGCAAGAUCCUCAUUAAGAACAAGAAGAACCAGUUUUCUGGCCCAGCAGCCCCCAGCGAGGAGCCUGUUGGGGGCGCUGAGGGAGGCUGCCCAGCCACUGCCCCUCAGGGCGAGGACACAGUGUGGGCAGGUGAGGAAGGGGCUCAGCUGCAGGAGGAGGAGGUGGAAGAGGAGGAGGAGGAGGAGUCAGGAAACCUGGACGAAGAAGAGCUGAAGAAGAUGCAGUCGGAUGAGGGCACAGCAGGCCUGGAGGUGACAGCUUAUGAGGAGAUGUCCAGCCUAGUCAAUUACAUCCAGCCCACGAAGUUCAUUUCCUUUGAGUUCUCUGCCGAGAAGAACCAAAGUUAUGUUAUCUCAUCCUUCACAGAGCUCAAGGCUUAUGACCUGCUCUCCAAGGCUGCAGUGCAAUUUGUGGACUACAACAAGUGGCAGAUGAGCCGCAUUUACCCCAAGGGUACCCGCAUGGACUCCUCCAACUACAUGCCCCAGAUGUUCUGGAAUGCUGGUUGCCAGAUGGUUGCCCUCAACUUCCAGACAAUGGACCUGCCCAUGCAGCAGAACAUGGCGCUGUUUGAGUUCAACGGGCAGAGUGGCUACCUCCUCAAGCAUGAGUUCAUGCGCCGGCUGGACAAGCAGUUCAACCCCUUUUCGGUGGACCGCAUAGACGUGGUGGUAGCCACCACCCUCUCCAUUACGGUGAUCUCUGGGCAGUUCCUGUCGGAACGUAGUGUGCGCACCUAUGUUGAAGUGGAACUGUUUGGCCUUCCUGGGGACCCCAAGAGGCGCUACCGCACCAAGCUGUCACCUAGUACUAAUUCCAUCAAUCCUGUCUGGAAGGAGGAACCCUUUGUCUUUGAGAAGAUCCUGAUGCCUGAGCUGGCCUCCCUCAGGGUGGCUGUGAUGGAGGAAGGCAACAAGUUCCUUGGGCAUCGCAUCAUCCCCAUCAGUGCCCUGAAUUCUGGAUACCAUCAUCUGUGCCUGCACAGUGAGAGCAACAUGCCCCUCACUAUGCCUGCGCUCUUUGUCUUCCUGGAGAUGAAGGACUAUGUGCCUGACACCUGGGCAGAUCUCACUGUGGCCCUCGCCAAUCCCAUCAAGUUCUUCAGUGCCCAUGAUAAGAAGUCUGUGAAGCUCAAGGAAGCUAUGGGAGGUCUGCCUGAGGUCUGUGUUGCCUGCUCCUUGGCCAGAAGCCCUUCUCUGCUGGGAGUCCAGCUGUGGGCCAAGUCAACGGGACAUUGGCCCCAGCCAGCAACGGGUCAGCAGGGGCCGGGGAGGAGCCAUGCUGAGGCAAGCAGGCCCCCGGGGCACCCGUCAGUCCAUCCUGUGGCUCUUGCAGCAGCUGGGGCCAGGGCCAGGGAGGAGGCCGCGAAAGAAGCUGCUGAGCCGCGGACCGCCAGCCCAGAAGAGCUGCGGGAGCUGAAGGGCGUCGUGAAGCUGCAGCGGCGGCACGAGAAGGAGCUGCGGGACCUGGAGCGGCGCGGCGCGCGGCGCUGGGAGGAGCUGCUGCAGAGGGGCUUGGCGCAGCUGGCCGCUCUCCGGCCGCCGGGCGCGGGGGGCGGCGGCGGGGGCUGCAAGCUGAGCCCGGGCAAGGGCUCCCGCAAGAAGCGGACCCUGCUCUGCGAGGAGACCUCCGGAGCCACGCCGGACGAGGGCCUCGAGGGCGCGUGCGCGCGCGUGCGGGAGCUGAAGGACAGGCUGGAGGGGGAGCUGCUGCACCAGGGCGAGGAGCAGUACGAAUGCAUCCUGAAGCGCAGGGAGCAGCACGCGGCGGAGCAAAUCGCCAAGAUGAUGGAGUUGGCCAGAGAGAAACAGGCUGCAGAGCUGAAGACCCUCAAGGAGGCCUCGGAGAGUGACACGAAAGAGAUGAAAAAAAAGCUGGAAGCCAAGAGACUGGAGCGGAUCCAGGCCAUGAUCAAGGUCACCACAGACAAGAUGGCCCAGGAGAGGUUGAAGAGAGAGAUUAACAACUCCCACAUCCAGGAGGUGGUGCAGGUCAUCAAGCAGAUGACAGGGAACCUGGAGAAGCACCAGGAGAGGCUAGAGGAGAAGCAAGCAGCCUGCCUGGAACAGAUCCGGGAGAUGGAAAAGCAGUUCCAGCAGGAGGCGCUGACAGAGUAUGAAGCCAGGAUGAAGGUCCUGGAGGCUGAGGUGAAGGAGUCUGUGAGGGCCUGCUUCCCCUCCGAGGCCAAGGACAAGCCUGAGAGGCCCUCUGGGGCCCCCAGGGAGCUGUGUGAGCAGGACCCACUCACAGCAAAUGCAGAAGCCCAGGAAAGCCGCCUCUGAUGCCUCCGUUUCCACCAGGAUAUUCUGCAAGGAUGUUCAUCCUUCUCUGGGAUGUGGCUCCAUUAUCCCCAAGAGGAAAGGCCCCAUCGCUCUGAGGCUAUGGGAAGGUGGGGCUCCCUUAGAAUUCCUCAACAGCCAGGCCAGAGGAGGAGGCAGGGACCAUGUACCACCGGACACGAGCCAUCUGGGCCUAGUGGUCCUCUAAUCUGACAUGCGGCUCCUCAUCCUUCUCCUUCACUUCUGUGAAUAAGUGUCACGUUUGCAAAAGAAUACCGACUGGGAGGCAGGAACUGGGGUCUUGGACCCAUUCUACAUUUCCUAGUGUAAAACUAGUGGUGCCCCACUGUGGGUUUAGCUUUAUCACCUGGAGGAUUAGGCCUGGACUCCUGGAACCUCCACUCUAGCAUCUGUAGUUCAAGAAUGACCAAACUCCGAUCCUUACUGCCGUAAGGUGGGCAGCUCACCAUACUUCUAGGCCCCAUCUCAGGCCUGCCAUCUGCCCUGAUUUGGUCUCAUUGUCAGCUAUCUUAUACAAAGUGUGGCACUAUGCCUAAGCUCCCUGGGGUAGCUGUUCCCAGGAUUCCAGGCUGAGGUCCCUCCCUGGCCUCCUGCCUGUGAAGGAUGGGAGGCUGACAUGGAAAAGCUGCCUCAUCUGUCUGGCUUUCAGGCUGCUGAGACAACUGGGGCUGUGGCUGGUGGUGAGGGAAGGUCGGCCUUCUGGGCACUCUCUCAUCCAGACCCUGGCUCACCCCUUUUCCUAGGCCUGGAGAGGCUUCCUAGUUCCUAGAAUGUACCCCAACUCAGGUUGCCUGACAAGGUUAGCGUCAUUUUCUCUCCUGACUCUAUGAGACUUAUUUAUUUUUCUCCUUUUUACUUCUACUAAAGAAGCCUGUCUCAAUAUUUCCUGCCUAACCUGGCUUCUGUUCUACAGCUAAGAAAUGGGGAUGGGGAUAGUGGGGGGAGUAGAAUGUUCCUGAAAUGAAGGAGGCUAGGGGAAAAAAACCAUUGGGAGUUGAACCCUACGGUGAGGUCCCUUCCAGGGCCCAGGAAAAUGGCCUUGCUCUGGGCUUGUAGAGGAUCCACUUCCCCUUUUGCUGGCCCUGAUGCCACAGCCACUGGAAAAUGAUGUCAUUUCUCUUCUCAACCCCCACCCAGAUGUGGCCCUUACUUGUCUCUACCCUCAGAGCUGGAGCAGAAGAGCCUAGUGCAAGGUGCCCCUAUGCUCUUGAGGAGUCAUAAACCUUCAGGGCACCUGGGACCUUUUAGUUAGACUUAGAGUGGUCAGAUUCUUGAGCCCCUAAGCAGUUAUGGUUGACCCCAACACUUGCUAGAGAGGGGCUUGUGGACAGGCAUUCACUGCACAUAGGGCAGAGUUCCAAAUCCCAAAUAGGGACAUGCACUGGCUUGGGAGAGGGAGGGUGGGGGUUGAUUCCGGGAAGAGGUUGUUUUCUUAUCAGAGUUGUAGCAAAUACCAUUAGCUCUGAGCACCUGUGCCUUCAGAAAAUAAACAGCCCCCCCCCCCCACUAUCUUGCCUCAUAUACAUCCCUAUGGGAGCCUGACCUCUGGGAGUCUAGCAUUCUCUGGUUGCAGGUUGAGACUAGGAGGCCAGCUCAUUCACAGGAGCAUGGUCUGUGAUUGAUCAGCCUGCAUACACACUAGGUAUAGCCAAGGGUGGGACACCUACACUCCAGGGCAGUGCCCUGUCUUCAACCCUCCUGCUGGGCACUCAGCUGCUCCAUCUUCCCCUCAACCCCAGGGUAGAACCAUGCAGAGAGGAGGACCCAGGCCUAGAGGAACUCACUGACUCAGGCACAUGGGCAUAAGGUGGGACCAAGUAGAGCCCACUGGGCAGCCCUCAGCUUUUGCCAAUGGCUGCUCAGAAGAAGGACAGGCUGCCUUCUCACCUCUCAGCCAGGCAGGGCAGUCUCCAGGGCCCCAGUGUGGAGCUGGGAAGCCCAGGAAUGAGGAAGGGGAUCCAGUUCUGCCUCCUGGAGUAGCCUCUGCACAGCAGACUGGGGGCUACCCCUGAGGCCAGGGCCAGAUACCUGCCUCCCUGCUUUCUGUCCUCUGGAAAAAGGGCAAGGUGCCCCCUGGGAAAAUGCCAUAGUUUCUGGGCCCCAGAGAUGAUUUAAGCUCUGGAUGUAGAGUAUGUGCAGAGGAAGAGAUGAUGUCUUCCCUCAGGGCCCCAGGCAGGUGAAGGGCACCUGGGUUCCAUUCCUGCUGUGUAUCUGUGGGGCUGAGGCAUCAUUCAUCAGUUUCACCUUUUGCCUAAAGAGAAGGGUCCUACCCCUUCCCAAUCCCAUUGCUGAUUCAGAUGCUAGUUCCCUGCUGACUCACCCUAUCCCCUGCACCUCCCCUCCCCCCAGAAGCUCUCUGGAUCUCCCAGCCACGUGCCCCUAGGCCCAACCCUGCUGAGCUGGUGCAACGUGACAGGGUGAGGGGGCUGGUGACACUAGAGGAGGAAAGAAGGGGGGCCUGGGAAGGGGGGCAGCUGCAGACAGAGUGGCAGACUGCAGUCCUGAGCUGCCCCUGGGAGGAAGCCCUUUUGCCAGCCUGGGCCGGCAGGAGGAGAGGCUCAGCAGGUGGGAGGGGAGGAGAGUGUGGAGUGCCUGUCUGCCCCCUGCCUGCCUCAGCUCCAUCUCCUGUCAGCCUUCAGCUCCCUAAGAGACAGCUUCUAAUUCCGGCUGUUGGUGCCUCUGUGCUCUGCAGCGAAGUCUCAGCUUUUUUCAGCUUUGCUAUUUCUUUUCUUUUCGGAACAUACUGAGCCCACAGGGAAGUCAGAGCAAAGGUUCCAGGGCCUGAGACUGGGCACCAUCCCUCCAUCCCACCACAGGCCUGGUGGGGUUGGCAGUGCCAGCUGGGGUGAAUCCUUCCAGAGUACCCAGCAUGGCAUGCUCUGCCAGGCCAGGGUGAGGCCCUAAUGGGGCCCAGCCUCAAGUGCUUCUUCUUCCCUGGAACUGUCUCCAUAUCCACCACAGGGAACAGGAACAUAAAU